AUGUUGUGCCAUAACAUUCUUCUUUCCACUAUUAUUCCCCUUCUGGGGCUUCUACCAUCCUGCUAUGGCGAUAGUCAGUCAACAGUGACUGCCUCGGCCCCUUCGAAGUGGGUGCAUCCAGGGGCGAUGAUCAGUCAAUCUCAAUUGGAUUUCAUUCGCGAGAAAGUGAAGAAUGGCCAGCAACCCUGGAAAGAUGCCUACGCGGCUCUUCUUGCCGAUGAUGGUGUCGCAACUCCUACGGAUCCAUCGCCGCACGUUAUCGUGGAGUGUGGCUCAUAUUCAAAUCCUGACGUCGGAUGUACCGUGGAACGCAGUGAUUCGAUCGCUGCGUAUGGAAAUGCGUUAGCUUGGGCAAUCGGUGGUUCCAGUGAAUACGCCCAACAAGCUAUAAAAAUCAUGGAUGCGUAUUCAUCGACGAUCCAAGGCCACAAUAACUCCAAUGCGCCACUGCAGUCUGGAUGGGUUGGCUCGGUGUGGGCCAGGACAGCAGAGCUCAUCCGUUAUACAGAUGCGGGAUGGUCAUCCGAUAGCAUCAAUCAGUUCGAGGCGAUGCUCCGUGAUGUUUAUAUGCCGCUUACAGUAAAUGGAACCGAUCACAAUGUCGCAAACUGGGAGCUAGUCAUGACAGAAGCUGCAAUUCUCAUGUCAGUCUUUCUAGAAGACGCCGACACGUACAAUACUGCAAUGGGGUGGUUUCUGAAACGAGUCCCAGCAACAGUCUAUAUGACAAGCGACGGUGAGUAUCCCGUCGCGGCCAGAGGACAAAGCUCCUCCCCCGACGCAAUUAUCGCCUGGUGGUUCAACGAGACCACCUUUCAGGAGGACGGUCAAGCACAGGAGACAUGCCGUGAUCUUGAGCACACAGGCUACUCAUUCGCAUCCAUGGCGCACGUUGCCGAGACUUCCAGAAUUCAAGGAUCGGAUCUUUAUAAGACAGAUUUAGGGACGCGACUUCGUUAUGGACUCGAGUUCCACUCACAAUUCGUGAAUGGAGAGUCGGUGCCUUCAUGGCUUUGUGGAGGGAAGCUGAGUCUCACUUUGGGACCGAUCACUGAAGUAGGAUAUAAUGCGCUUGCAUUCAGGAUGGGUAUCGAUAUGCCUCAAACUAGAAACCUCACGUUCAAGCAGCGACCGGCUAAGGAGAAUGGGCUUUUUGUGGCAUAUGAGACACUAACACAUGGAAAUAACAAUGCCUAG